UUCUUACUCCAAGUGUGGAACGCCCUCCUGCUUACUGCUCGUGCUUCAAGUUGUGUGAAUACAAAUUGCCUAGCAUGCUUUGUCGUUUACCGCAAAGCUAGAUUUCGAACAAUCGCCCCUUUAUUUCCCCUGCUUUACGCGUUCAUUUUCACCGCGAAUGGGGUGUUGUUGCUGGGAGACCAUCCUGACUCGCCUCCCCUGUUAGCACCAUUAGCUGGCGGCUACGAUGUGCUGCAGGCGGCGGAGACUUUUCUACGCAGCGGCCCACUGGAAAGCAAGGCGGGUUCUCGGUUGAUUAUUAACCCCGGUUGGACCGAAGGGUGACUUGGAUCUCUACAUUGAAGGAUGGCUGCUGAUUUGUGUACGGGGGACGGUACCAGGAGGAAAGUGGACUUGACUGGGUCUGCAGAAGGCUCCAUGGAUGUCAUCCCCAUGGAAAUGUAUGACUCUGCCAGAGCCAAAAUAGCGGCCAACCUGCGGUGGCUAUUUGCUAAAUCCUACGGCAUCGAUCAUAUACCAGAGGAUUUGCGGGAUCCCUUCUACACGGACCAGUACGACCAGGAACACAUCAAGCCCCCCGUCAUCCGCUUGCUGCUGUCCUGCGAGCUUUACUGUCGCGUCUGCGCCCUCAUCCUCAAGACGGAGCAGGCCGCGUCCCUCCAGUCGCACCGCUCCGUCAUCCAGUCUCUGGAAAGGAAGGGCAUUUAUGUCGUGGAGAGCGAUGACGCGGCAGUUUCGGAGGAGGACCUGGCUGGUUUGCCCAUUAAAAUGAGCGCCCACAUCCCCAUGAUUGAUGCCCUGAUGAUGGCCUACACGGUGGAGAUGAUCAGCAUUGAGAAAGUCGUAGCUUCUGUGGAGCGCUUCUCCACCUUCCAUCCCUCCAAGGAGCUUCCCUUUGACUUGGAGGAUGCCAUGGUCUUCUGGAUCAAUAAGGUAAACACGAAAAUGAGGGAAAUUUGCGAAAAGGAGCACAAAGUCAAACACCACCUUCUGGAGUCUCCCAGUCACCAAAAGUCUCCCUCCAAAUGGUAUUGGAAGCUUGUCCCUGUACGCUAUCGUCGGGAGCACGCGUCUGGCCGCCAUCUUCCCUUCUUCCCGCUGCUGGAAGAUUUGAUGAGAGAUGUCUGUGACGGAGCUGCGUUGCUCACCGUUGUCCACUUCUACUGCUCGGACCUCAUGAAGCUGGAAGACAUUUGCCUGAAGGAAGUUCCCUCCGUGGCCGAUAGCCUGUACAACAUCCAACUGCUCCGAGAGUUUGCCAAUGAGUAUCUGAGUAAAAGUUUCUAUCUGACGACCGAAGACAUCCUCUACUCGCCUCCUGUGCUCAAGCACAACGUGAUGGUUUUCAUCGCUGAACUCUUCUGGUGGUUUGAGACUGUCAAGCCGGAAUUUGUCCUGCCCAGGGAUCUGCAAGAGUCGAAAGAUGCUCGAGCCGUUGCUCAGCCAAAGAGUUCUCGUCCGUCAGUGCCCAUCUCCAACGCCACCAAGCGCAGCUUCCUGGCCAGUCCCGGCAUGUCGGAAAACCAGGGCGGCCCUGAACUCGGUAGCAGUCGUGGGCCAUCCUUUAGUCCUUCCCAUCCACUCUUGCCUUUGCGCCAGAGGCAACAGAAGCCUCAAGGAGACGACGGUGCUGGUCUGAGGAACCGCUCCAACUCCUUGAGCCAGAUGGAUCGACAGGCCCGAGGUUCUGUUGCCGCUUGGCCCGACAAGAGGCAGCGGCCAGUGUCCACGCUGAGCCCAUUUGCGUGCCAAUCGGCCGCGGACAGCGAUGCGGAUGUUGCUUCUGGCGACAGCGUCAGCCUCGCCCGCUCCAUAAGUAAAGACAGCCUCGCGUCCAACGUCCUCAACGUCACGCCCAAACACCAGGCCACGCUAGCCCAGAUGCGCAGGGUCAACGGUCACGGCCUCUUGGGGAAAGUCAACCUGGAUUACGAAGAAGAAUCUCUGGCGGUGGCCAGGACCGAGGUUGCGGCCGUCUCCAGACAACCUGAAGGAAGCCAAGCGUCGGCCGCAGUGGAACCGGAGUCAAAGUCCAAACCUGCCGCCGAUGGGUUUUACCUCGAACCGCUGAUGCCUGCUGCGCUGAAACCGGCCAAAGAGAAGUCUGUAUGCCUGAACAAGGAGGAGGAGAGUGGAGAGGUGCCCCGGUCCUCGGGAAGGGGCUUUUCACGCAGGGGAGAUGGAUCUUCUCCCGCAGUACACAAGAAAGCCGCCCUCAGCCUCAACAAAACGUUUAACGCCUCGGCCGACGAGCCCGACUUCUCGGACGAGCCUCAUCAGGCUCAGGCGGGUUUCAGACACAUCGCCACCAGCGGUGCGGACCCCUCGACGAAAGAGCCCGGUGCAGGGUUCUACCUGCAUUCGGAUUCCGAUGAGCCCAAGCCUUGCCCCCCGAGCCUCGACGCCGACCUCCAAGACCUGGACGAAGAGGAUGAGGAUUUGGAUGAGGCUGUUACGGCCAAAGAGCUCGCUUGGCCGAGGAAAAGCUUUAAUGGGGACGAUGAAGAAGAAUCCGCCAAACUCCAGGAGGACAUGAAUGUCAAGGAGCACGAGGACAAAGACAUGAAUGGCUGCAGCGGUCGCUCCAGCCCCUGCCUUAGCGUUUACUCGCAGGCCAGCAGCGUGGCCAGCGGAAGCGUGCGCAUGACCUCUUUCGCCGAGCGUAAAGCCCAACAGCAGCGCUUCGGCAGCAACCACGACCUCCGCUCCAGUGCCUCCAGCUCGCAAAGGACCACGCCGGACGGCUCCGAGUGCAGCGGGCCCCUGCCGUCUUCUUGGAGAUUCAAAAGAGACCAGAGUCCCUCGUCACCCCUGGGAGGUUGCAAUCGCGACGGCGGCGGCGGCGCCACCGUCCUGGCGUCGGAAAUGAUCCAGCUCCGCAUGCAGCUGGAGGAGAAGCGCCGCGCCAUCGAGCAUCAAAAGAAGAAGAUGGAAGUUCUGUCAGCCCGCCAGAGGCAGAAGCUGGGCAAGGCUGCGUUCCUGCAUAUAGUGAAGAAGGGCGGCGGUGGCAAGGGCGCCACGUUGCCCAAUCCGCUCAAAGCCGACCCCUCCAAAGACGAGCCGGUUGCCGUGAAAGUGACGUCGGCGGCGAAAGACGAUAUGUGCGUUGAUGCCCUGCGAGGGGACAAAGAGCCCGGCAGCCCCUCGGGUGCCUUAGGAGCAGACAAGAAGGGAAACAAUGGCAGCUUUUACCAAGAAGAAGAGUUGGACCUCAACGAGUGCAACCGCUCCAUUGAGCUGCUGCACGAAGCCAUCGGCAGCAUCCAGCAGCAGAUGAUGCAACUGUCGCUUCAGCAGGAAAUGAUGAUGAAGCAGAAUGUACUGUCCCCGCCAGGUGCUCCUCCUCAGCCGCCGCCCGCCGCCACCGACAAAAACAGCGACGCGAGAGCCGGAGACGCUUUACACUUUGUGGAACACCUCGCCGGCGCCGCCCCCACGAGGAAACCCCCCAAGCUGAGCUCAGGCCGGAGCUCCAGAUCCAAGCCGACGGAGCUGAAGGUCAGCAAAGAGCAAAGCCGGCACGCCGCCAAGACCUUCUCCCACGGCGGGCCAGAGACACACACGCACCCGAGGCAAUCGGCCGGGGGCAGGUCCCCCAGGAACGAGCAUCCCGAGCCGCACAGCCCCAGGAACCCUCCGGCGGGAGAGCCCACCCACAAAACCACCUCCAGCCACGCUCGGAGCGCCGCGUUCAAGCUUCACGACGAUGCCAACGUGCGACUGCCCACCAGAGUGGACCUGAAUGCUUUGUCUCCUCCCGAAGUGUCCUUCGACAACUGCAUGUCCAGCACCUUGAGAGACGCGCAACUCAACUCCUCGGACAGCUCGGGCAAAGAGAACGUGACAUCGGACGAAGCCCAGCGCGCCAAAGGUCACCUGAUCGAGGUGGAUAUGUCAGGGCUGAAGGACCUCGAGGGGGAAGAGGCGGCUGACGGAACAACUGACGAUGGGGAUGGAGAGCAGAAGUCUGUUAUGGGCUUCUUCUUCAAGGAUGAGCAGAAAGCAGAGGACGAGCUCGCCAAGAAGCGAGCGGCGUUCUUGCUGAAGCAGCAAAAGAAAGCGGAGGAGGCCCGUCUCCGCAAGCAGCAGCUGGAAGCCGAGUCGGAGCUGAAGCGCGACGAGGCCAGGCGGAAGGCUGAGGAGGAUCGCCUGCGGAAGGAGGACGAGAAGACGCGACGGGAGCUGAUCAAGCAGGAAUACCUGCGGAGGAAGCAGCAGGAGAUCAUUGAGGAGCAAGGUCUGGUCAAGCCCAAGACUCCCAAACCCAAACAGAAACACAGACCCAAGACCAUUCUCAGGGAGGAGUCGUCCAGCGACAACGUCUCCAAGUGCUCUUCUUCCACACCCGACAACCUGAGCACAGCCCAGUCCGGAUCCAGUCUGUCGCUGGCCUCCGCUGCCACCAACGAGGCUGACAGCGUCAACUCCGGGGGUGCGGGCUCCCAACGCUGCGACUCCGUGGAGUCGUUCCCGGGAAGUCGCAACCACAGCCGGGCUGCCGAAAGGGACUGGGACAACGGCUCCACCGCGUCUUCCAUCGCAUCCUUGGCUGAGUACACCGGCCCGAAACUUUUCAAGGAGCCCAGCGCCAAAUCCAACAAGCCAAUCAUUCACAACGCCAUCUCGCACUGCUGUCUGGCCGGAAAAGUCAACGAGCCGCAGAAGAAUCAGAUACUUGAGGAGCUGGAGAAGUGCGAGUCCAAUCACAUGAUGAUCCUAUUCCGCGACGGCGGCUGCCAGUUCCGGGCGCUUUACUCCUACUUCCCGGACACGGAGGAGAUCCACAAGCUUACGGGCACGGGGCCCAAGAGCAUCAGUAAGAAGAUGAUCGACAAGCUGUACAAGUACAACUCGGACCGCAAGCAGUUCACCGUCAUCCCCGCCAAGACCGUGUCGGUCAGCGUGGACGCUCUGACCAUCCACAACCACCUGUGGCAGGCCAAGAGGAGCGCGGCGUCCAAGAAAAGCGGCAAAUAGCAGCAGGAGAUCCAUUGAGCAUCCCCACCCCCGUACCACACCCCAAAUCAUCUAGCGCCAUCUUGCUUUGUUUCCCACAUUCAAUGCUUGCCGGCGUGCAAGGUUUUAUUGAGAAGAGCCCGCAGGACAAGUUGCUUGCCGAACAAGACAGACAUUUCCUGGGUUGGCUUCUCGUGUGAUGCGUUCAGGCGCAUGCGUGGCUUACACUACUCCAUAUUUAUCAGCUUUGCCACCACACUGAAGAGAAUUGAAUUGGACAAGAUCUUCCUGUCUCAUGGAAUUAUGAUGGUACUUCCCAUCCCAGCAGAAAGUACUCAAAGCAAAACUGCUCGUUAGUUUUGUUAGCAGGAUUUGUUUGGCCUUGAACACGUCGUGGCACUUCUUGUCAAGCGAUCAAACCGCCUUUUAAAAUGCGCGCUGGUGGUGUACGUGUGUAUAGCAAAGGAAAGACAUCAACAGCGGGAAUUUUAAUUACUUGUAUUUAUCCAAGCAUCCCUUUUUUUUAGUAAGGGAAGUCUAAUAAGGGAAAUAACCGAUCUUUGGUGCAGACAUAAUGCUUUUUUUUUUUUUAAGGAGGGGUUUAUUUUGGUUGUGGGCUUCUUUUCCUCCAGGUGGCGUGCUGUCAAGUUUGAGCUGAUGUGCGUGUUUUCAUCACAACAGAUCUCUGAUGUGUAGAGCGUAGUUGUGUCGGCUCUCCACCGGGCCACACAGACAAAAAGGUGCACACACGCAGACACACACACACAAACACAAUCAUAGGAACGCAUCACGCAAUGUAAACCGCCGAGCGCCGCCAUUAAAGAACAUUCCUCCAAGGGUUGACGCACACCGCCACGUGGUCUCGUCUGUCUCUAAAAGUGCUUCUUCACUCAACGGCAAACCAUCACCAGCACUUUACUUUUGUAUGAAACACUCGAGAGGCCAAGAGGUCUCGUACUACUGCAAGUGUUUGUCGUUAGCGUGUUAUCAAAAUGGAUUGUAUGGGCAUGGGGUCACCGUUUGUGUUACACUGGUCUCCUUUUAUUUUCAUCCCGCUAUUUGAGUUGUAUCCUUUUUGCCAUCUAUUUAUUUUGAUACACUUAGCAUGUUGAAAUUGGAUUAAAAUCACAUUUUUAUUUUUAUUCUCA